AUGAAGGUGUGGCAUCAUGAAUGGCUAUGUGAAGGAGUAUGCCAUGGUGGUGGUGGUGACAAUUGUGGUUCUGCAGUUGGUUGGUGGCUCUGUCGUAGUGGAGNUGUGAAGGAGUAUGCCAUGGUGGUGGUGGUGACAAUUGUGGUUCUGCAGUUGGUUGGUGGCUCUGUCGUAGUGGAGCCAAUGGUUGAGAGUUGA